CUCUCUCUCACCUGAGCCGCACCUGUCCUCCUUUCGCGCACGCGCGUCUCCAGCACCCGGCGGCACUCCUCGGCAGCAGAGCCGGAGCUGGAGGAGAAAGGACGGGAAGGAGCUCAGAUGGGAGCAGCUCACGCGCGCACGACGCCUCGCAGCUCGUAGCCAGUAACUUUGAUGGGGACCUGGACACUCAGCAGGGACCAUGCCUGUGAUGAAGGGCUUAUUGGCGCCACAGAACACCUUUCUGGACACCAUAGCCACACGGUUCGAUGGCACUCACAGCAACUUCAUCCUGGCCAAUGCUCAGAUGUCCAAAGGCUUUCCAAUUGUCUACUGCUCUGAUGGCUUCUGUGAACUCACAGGCUUCUCUCGGGCCGAGGUCAUGCAGAAGAGCUGUGCCUGUAAGUUCCUGUACGGGCCUGAGACCAGUGAAAGUAUCAUUCUGAGCAUUGACGAGGCCUUGGAGGAGCGCAAAGAGUUUAAAGACGAGAUCAUGUUCUACACAAAAACAGCUGCACUGUUCUGGUGUCUGCUGGACAUCGUGCCAAUUAAGAAUGAGAAGGGUGACGUGGUGCUUUUUCUGGCUUCGUUUAAGGACAUCACAGACACUAAGGCCAAAACCAUCCAAGAGGACAAAAAAGAAGAACGUGUUUGGGGAUUUACCAGCCUUACCAGAGUACAAAGUUGCAGACGCCAAGAAGUCCAAAUUCAUCUUGCUUCACUACAGUACCUUCAAAGCAGGCUGGGACUGGCUGAUUCUGCUCGCCACUUUCUACGUGGCGGUAACGGUGCCAUACAACGUGUGUUUCAUCGGAGACGAUGACGAUCUGACCCGCAGCACGACCGUCAGCGAUAUCAGCGUGGAGAUUCURUUCAUCAUAGACAUCGUUUUUAAUUUUCGCACGACUUACGUCAGCAAGUCGGGCCAGGUGAUCUUUGACGCUCGGCAGAUUUGCAUCCAUUACCUGACCACGUGGUUCAUCAUCGACCUGGUGGCCGCGCUGCCCUUCGACCUGCUCUACGCCGUCAAAGUCAGCGUGGUGUCUGUGGUACACCUGUUGAAGACGGUGCGGCUGCUUCGUUUGCUGAGGCUCCUGCAGAAGAUGGACCGCUACUCGCAGCACAGCACGGUGGUCCUGACGCUGCUCAUGUCCAUGUUUGCUCUUCUGGCCCAUUGGAUGGCCUGCAUCUGGUAUAUCAUCGGAAAGAUGGAGAUGGAGGCCAAUGCCUACCACUGGGAUAUCGGAUGGCUCCAUGAGCUGGGGAAACGGCUGGAGUCACCUUAUGCCAUCGGAGAACUCAAUGCGACCGGCAACGGUCCCUCCAUCCGCAGCGUCUACAUCGCCUCGCUCUACUUCACCCUCAGCAGCCUGACCAGUGUGGGUUUCGGCAACGUGUCCGCCAACACUGAUGCUGAGAAGAUCUUCUCUGUGUGCAUCAUGCUCAUAGGAGCACUGAUGCACGCUUUGGUCUUUGGCAAUGUGACAGCCAUUAUCCAGAGGAUGUACUCCCGCUGGUCUCAGUACCACACCAGGACCAAAGACCUGAAGGACUUCAUACGUGUCCAUCACCUGCCGCAGAGUCUCAAGCAGCGGAUGCUCGAGUACUUUCAGACAACCUGGUCGGUCAACAACGGCAUAGACUGUAACGAGCUGCUGAAGGACUUUCCAGACGAGCUGCGCUCUGACAUCACCAUGCAUCUCAAUAAGGAGAUCCUGGAGCUGUCGUUGUUUGCCUCUGCCAGCCGCGGCUGCCUGCGCUCGCUGUCGCUGCACAUUAAGACCUCCUUCUGCACCCCCGGAGAGUACCUGCUGCGACAGGGCGACGCUCUCCAGGCCAUCUUCUUCGUCUGCUCGGGGUCCAUGGAGGUGCUGAAAGAUGGAAUGGUUUUGGCCAUCCUGGGUAAAGGUGACCUAAUCGGAGCGAACCUGUCUUUAGAUAAUCGAGUAAUAAAGACCAACGCGGAUGUGAAAGCCCUCACCUACUGCGACCUGCAGUGCAUCAACCUGAGAGGGCUGUAUGAGGUGUUGGACCUGUACCCUGAGUACUCUCACCACUUCGUCCAGGACAUCCAGCAGGACCUCACCUACAACCUGAGGGAGGGACACGAGACACAUGUCAAGACCAGACUGUCAACAGCAGCUGUAGAGACUCAGUCAGGAGUCAGAAGAAACGGGCGUGUGGUCCAGGGCCACUCGAUAACCGCCGAGGCACCACGGGAUGAGCACGAGGAAGACGCAGAAGAGGACGAACACGAUGAGGACGCGUCUGUAGCUCUCCUGACGAAACAGCAGCGAGAGGAGAAGCUCAGAAACGCCGGAGGGACGUCUCCUUUCUGCCGUCCCGGUCAGAAGACCCACAGCACCAACCGCUCUCAGAGGGAUAUCCAGGACAUGAACCCCACCACUUUAGACCCUUCUAACCUCAGUCCAAGGAUUGUGGAUGGCACUGAAGACAGUGAGGGAACAGAGAGUUUGCAGACUUUCUCCUUUUCCACCAGCCUGGGUUGUCCUGUCGGUGCUCCAACCAGUGCCUCCGCCUCCACCGCAGAUAUGAUGCAAAUCAGCACAACAGAAUUAGCAGCAAAAGCAGAGGAGACCAGAGGACAACUGCGACACCUCGACCAGCAGGUGAACACCCUCCGGAGAGAAGUAUCUGACCUCGGGCAGGUCAUGAAGAGAAUGGUCCAGCUCAUGGAGACCCUCCUACCAUCAGUGCCCCAGCCCGCAGUGAUCUGUCCGACACAUUACUCCCCGGCUCACCACACYUACCUGCACUGCCGCACCCCUCCUCAGUCGUACUCGUCUCCGUCUCCCUCCAAGACUGCCUCCAUCUGGACAGACCCRCCCAUGCCUUUGCCCUCUUCUUCCCUCACAAUCUCCCAGCAGCAUGGCACGAUCUGCCACGCGGACUCGCUAACACACAGACCACACAGCCUCCAGUUACAGUAUCCYGCCGUCCCCAGAGCAACUCCGCCUCCCGACAUAUCGGCGCUUCAACCGCGGCCACCUUCUGUCGUCUCAGAGCCUCUGAUGCCUUUGUCGUCAUUUAGCUCACCUGAUUUUUCACGGGACAAAGAUGGAGCUUCUAGCACCAUCACACCAAGGGUCCACAGUCCACCUCCGCAGGACGGGGGAGAUGAUGGCCCUCACAGGAGCUCGGGAUGUUCUGCUCAAACUGGCCUUGGAGGACUCUACYCCAACCCAACCCUGGGUUUGUAGCAGGCCUUUGGCAGAUUCUCCUGGACUUAUAUUCUGGGAAAGAUCAGACUCAGCUGAGUUCCCCAACAUCACUGGAAGGCAUUUAGGGAUGCAACUUUCUGUUUGUUUUAAAGGCACGCUUUUCAAAAUCCAGCUGCAUGAAAACAAGUCUAGAAGGUUUAGGUGUACUAGCUUUAUCAAAACUUCAAGUUUCUWGACAGCAUGUAGACAUUUGGGGCAGUUUGGGAGCCUAAUGGUGAUAGGUGUUUGGGUAAGGCUUACCUUUAGCCUCCUCCACUUUGAGGUUUUCAUAGAACAAGAACUUGAUCUUAAUGAAGGACAUGGCCGAAGCAUUAGAGAAGGGAGCUGUGCUCUCUGGAUCUGUUUUCCUCCAACCUCCUUCUUCUGCCUGUUAACUCUUCUUUCCUUGUCCGCUCAGCCCACGUUGGAUGCUGUGGAUACCAUGAAACAACUUGUUCAAGUUGAAGAUAUGGGAUGUUUUGUGCUCUUUACUGCUGGCCCACAGGGAAAGGGGGGGGUGAAGGAUGGAGGAAACUGUUUAUGGUGGUGGUGGGGCACGUUAYGCCGCCUGUCACACUGAGCACAGGGAGUUUCCCUCCCUCCUUUUAUCUUUUCCCGGAGUUCCUUUCCACAAACCACUCCCUCCUACCCCCUCUUUCUCUCUGCAUGCCUUUCCAAGCCUUUCGAGUAGUGCCUGUAGACACACAUUAACAUGCUGCAUGUCACCCUAUGGAGUUCCAGCUUGCCAUUUCUCUAUCUAUUUAAAGGAAGGACAAUUUGAUGUUUUAAUCACCGAACAUGGCAUUUACUGACGCAUACAGUAUUUCUCCAAAUUGAGCUUUGUUUAAACACCGGUUCUUUUAGGGAACAAGUGGCCUGGAGCAAAUUUCACCAAUUCUAUAUUGGUUCAUCAUCCACAUUUGAAGCUCUCUCCCCUGAUGAUCCAGGGUUACCAGCUAUUUUCUCAAAGUGAAGGCAAUAUUCCCCCUUAAAAGCACAAUGAUAAAAGACACUUUUAUAUUUCUAUGAAUGUAUCAAUACUAAGAAUGGAUUUUUUUUUCUUACCUGACAGAUUUAAGCAGUAUGUAAUGGCCAUAUAUAAUGCAAUUAAAGAGAGUCACGGCAGCGCUGUUUGCUGGUGUCAGCAAAUAUGAGCUUUAACCAGGAAAAGGUCACGACUCGCGUCCAACAGAUCUGCUCUUAUCUUAUAAACUCCUGUAGGUUUGACUCUCUGCUUUUCUGCAAAUGGAAUGUACUGUAAACAUUUUUUUCUUUGCCUUUUGAUAUUUAUUAGAUAAACUGAUAUGCUAAUAAAAGCAAAUACGACUGUUA